UCCUUUUUUUUUUUUACUUUUUGAAUAAACAAAGAUACAGAAACAAGAACAUCCGCACCAACUACUGAUUCAUAAUAUCAAUCAAAAUUCUCGGGAAAUUCAUCAGAAAAUCAGGGUUUUUUCUGGUCUACAAAUUGACUACUGAUUUUCUUUCUUGUUGAAACAACUACUUUAUUUAUGUGCAGUCGGUUGUUAAAGUCUCAUUUUCCUAUCUCAAUUGGUAGUUUAGGGCUGUUGUUGACUCCACUCGAAGCAACAAUCUCUUUCACUCUUUCUUCAGAAUUAUAUGUAUGUUUCUGUUGUGGAAAUUUCCUCUUCUACUUCAGCGGAUUGUGAUUUAGCUGAGUCUUGUUCGGGUCUUUUUGUGAUCAGAAACUUGGGGUUUAUGGGGUUAAAGGUGAAAGAAUUUCGGGUUUUCUUCGGGUUGCUGUGGUUUGUUUUGUCAAAUUUUCAACCGAUUGCAGGAUUAAGGCCUCUGAGGGAGAGAGCUCGUUCAUGGGGUGAUGAGUGGCUUGUUGCAAGGAAAGAUGAGAAUGAAUUGGGUCCAUUCUCUGCAUGGAAUAUAACUGGGACGUACAGAGGGGCUUGGAGGUUCCUCCAGUCCUCAAAUACAUCUUCCAGGUUUCCAGAUUUCAAGAAAUCAAGUGGCAAUUCUGUGUUGGAGUUGAUCACUAGGCCAACUAAGAUAAAUGGUGUACACUAUGUUCAGGGUGUAAUGAUUUUCCAUGACGUGUUUGAUAAUGAACCUGAAGUUGGCCGUGUCCAAAUUAGGGUAGAAGGAGUAUAUAUAUGGCCGUUUAGACAACUUCGAAUGGUCGCCAACAGUGCAAAAGAGGGAGAGUUUGGUCAAGAAGAGGAUUAUAUACUAUCCAACCCAUAUCACUUGCUUGGAGUUUUCUCAUCACAAGUCUUCCAGGAGUCUCCACGUGAUAAGAUCUGGAAGAGCAAACAAUCUCCAAUUAGUGACAUGGACAAACACUGUAAUGUUGAAAUCUCUGCUCAAAUUUCACGUGUCUCAUCCACCCAAAGUGAUGGAGACCAUGAUCGUUAUUACAUGGAAGGCUUAAUGGAGAGUCCUUCUGCUGAUGAUGAUGGAGAUUGCUUCUCACCCAUGCUAAUGAAUGCUACUUCAGUCAACAUAGAGGUUUACUAUAACAAAGCAGUGAAUUACACUCUAAUGGUGACCUUUAUUUCUUUUCUUCAGGUUCUUCUGUUAAUUCGGCAAAUGGAACAUAGUAAUACGCAAUCUGGGGCUGCAAAAGUGUCAAUUUUGAUGAUUGGACAACAGGCUAUCAUGGAUGCAUAUCUUUGCCUUUUACAUUUGACUGCAGGGAUAUUAGUUGAGUCCUUGUUCAAUGCUUUUGCUACUGCUGCAUUUUUUAAGUUUGUCGUCUUCUCAAUCUUUGAGAUGAGGUAUCUUCUUGCUAUAUGGAAGGCAAGUCGACCUAUGAAUAAUGGAGAGGGUUGGGAAGCUAUGAGGCGUGAACUUUCAGUUCUUUACAGUCGAUUCUAUGGAAUCCUUUUAGGUGGUAUCUUGAUCAUGUAUGAGUUCCAUAGAUAUCUGCGCCCUAUACUUCUUCUUUUGCAUUCCUUUUGGAUUCCGCAAAUUAUCACAAACAUUGUUCGUGAUUCAAGAAAACCAUUGCAUCCUCAUUAUAUAGUAGGAAUGUCUUUGACUCGGCUGGCAAUUCCUUUAUAUGUCUUCGGAUGUCCUCAUAACUUCAUGCGAAUUGAACCUGAUAAGAACUGGUGUAUUAGUUUGGGUCUCCUUGUUGGUUUCCAGGCUGCAAUUCUCAUUCUACAACACUAUCUUGGAUCUCGAUGGUUUAUUCCUCGCCAGAUUUUGCCCGAGAAAUAUUGUUAUUUUAGAAGGGUCGAUCAGGAGUCAAAUCAUGCUACUGACUGUGUCAUUUGCAUGACUGCCAUUGACCUCACUCAUCAUUCAAAUGAUUGCAUGGUUACUCCAUGUGAUCAUUUUUUCCACUCUGGUUGCUUACAAAGAUGGAUGGAUAUAAAGAUGGAGUGCCCAACCUGUCGGCGCUCACUUCCACCGGCUUAAAAGUUGAUUAUACAGACAUGAGCCAAUUGCCAAGACCAACCUGUUCAUUGCAGUAUCAUGGUUGGUCACGAGGAGCCUCAGAAGAUAGCUGAACGUUGACUUAUAUAGAGCGUAAAAGGGGUGAGUCUGGGCUACAUAAACUGUAUAUUGUACAUUAUGUAAGUCAUGACAAAGGUUUCCUAAUCCCAAAAUUAUUACACCACCGGGGACUCUGAUUAUUUUGUGCAUGAUGAUUAGAUGGCAGACAUAUUGACUAGAAAAACCACAUUCUGAAGAUGUAUAUAGAACUACUGUAUGCAUUUGUGAUUUCUACAGAUAUCCUUAGUAGUAUAUCUGGUAUCGGUUGAAGCCGUGGUUCGAGUAUUUGGAUCUGAUUUUGGUUUUAAAAGUGUGACAUAGUUGUUCAUGUCUUGGUAGUUGAAGUUCCAUUGGAAAGUUGUUGGUCUCAUUGUCAAGAUGAUGCCAGUUCACAUUAUGAUUGCUGUCUUUGUUGUAAUGAAUUCCCUUUACCAUAUUACACAUAAUUAUGUGUUUUGGUUGGAGAUGUGAUAUUUUCAAAA